UAACAAAACAGUUGAACAAAGUUAAAGAGCUAAUAAAUGAGUUCCCGCAGACCAAUUCAGAGGAACAUGAUAUAAUUAAGAUGGCUGAAACAAUACGAGCUCAGUUUAAGAAGACCUGUGCUUUAUUAAAAAUAUCAUCAAGCAACCCAUAUGAAGCUGGGAUAUCUUUUUAAUAUAUUCAAUACUUCCAAAAUGGACUCCAAAAUAUACAAAAUUCAAAAGCAUCUUGACAGAAUCAUAAAAUAUCUUAAGCCACAUUUACCAUUAGCUAACUGCCACAUGGUGGAAUUUUUUACCGAUUCACACUGGGAGAGGCUGCCAAGCAAUUUAAGGGUAUAUUUAGAUGGUACCAAAAUGAAUGAUGCUGUAAAUAUGUUCUGGAAGGCUGCAGAAAAUGUACAGAAUGAUAGUUGUGAAAUAUCAAAAUGGGUGACCCAAGCACAUGCCCAUUGCAUACAUAUAAAUAAUGAUUACAUAAUUUCACCUGAGAAACUAAAAGACUACAUAAUAUCGCGACGCGUUGAUCUUCAACCAGAAAUUAAAGUUUCUCAGUUUAUGACUUCCAAAAAAAGCUACGAAGUGCAAACAAUGUCUCCUUAUGUGGCAUCCCUACACAAAGCAUGUUCUACAACCCACUGUAUUGAAGCCGGUGGAGGCAAAGGCAAUUUAUUAGUCGCAUUAUCUCUCGGGUAUAAUAUACCCAGCCUCACUGUGGACUGUGAUGAAAAAACACUGAGAAAUGCAGAAAAGCGGGUGUCAUAUAUGCGGAAACAAUGGAAGGCCAUAGCCAAAAAGAUUAACAAUGGUACUGAAGAAAUGAUAUCGGGAGAUAUAAAUACAGAUUGUCAUAGAUUUGCCAAAGCUUUUAUAACUAAGGACACUGAUUUGACGCAAACUGUCAAACAGGAGUUUGGGUGUGAUAAAGUGAAUGGCUUAUUAACUGGUCUCCACACUUGCGGGAACUUAGGUCCAGAUAGCUUACGCAUAUUUGCUCAAAGCCCUAACAUGGGCGCAGUGUUCAACGUACCAUGCUGCUACCACCUCUUGAGUGAAACAGUGGAUGGUGGUAUGCUGGAUGUGUUCCAACGGGAGUACGGUGGUUAUGUGGAUGGUUAUGGAUUCCCUAUGUCGGAGUAUUUGAGAGAUUUCAACAUCGGACGGAACGCACGUAUGCUCGCUUCACAGUCCAUUAACAGAUUUGCGGCGCAAAAACAACUUCCCGAUAUAAGCUUAUUGUAUAGAGCUGUACUUCAGACAAUAAUAAAGAAGCAUUUACCACGAGCUUCCUUAUCAGAAAGAAAAUUGAAAGGACUCUCAACGAAAUGUCAAAAUUUCAACGAAUAUUUCAAAAUGGCGGACGAAAAAUUACAACUUGGACUUUUUGACACCUGUCAAAGUGAAACUGUUGAAUAUACAGAUGCAAAUAUGUAUUGCCAGUGGAAAAAACUUGCGUUAUUCUAUAUGAUGAGACUGUGCUUAGCUCAGGUUAUAGAAAGUGUUAUUCUUUUAGAUAGAUUGUUGUUUUUGUACGAAAAUGGGUAUAAUGAUGCGUUUAUUGUGAAGCUGUUCGAUCCGAUCCUAUCGCCAAGAUGUCACAGUAUUGUUGCAAUUAAAUGAUAUAUAAUAAAGUUAUUUUAUUAUC